GUUGGGCUCGUCACAGGGCACAUGAUACCAUCGGGGGUCAUGUGACCGCGCUGCUGCGAUGGCUGGCUACAGGGAGAUGUACGGGGAGCCGAGUGAUAUCACAUUGCAGCAGGAGAGACAUUAUUACCUGCUGUCCCAGCUGCAGAACCUGGUGAAGGAUCUUUCUAGCUCCUGUCAGCAACGCCUGUCUUACACCAUUCUUAGUGAUCUGGCCUUGGCACUGAUUGAUGGCACGAUAUUUGAAAUUGUCCAAGGACUGUUGGAGAUUCAGCACCUAACAGAGAAAAAUCUCUACAACCAGCGGAUAAAGCUACAUGCAGAACACAGAGCUUUGAAGCAGGAUCUCCUUAAGAAGCAUAAAGAAGCUCUACAGUCAUGUAAAGCACACAAUUUACCAAUUCUUAGAAAUACGCAGCAGAGGGAGCUAGAG